UCAGCCUACCAAUCAGAGCUGUCGGUGGGCGGGUCCAUGUUGUGGACCACUCUUCUGUGGUGUUUCGCACGCUGUGUCCGGCGCUGACUGGACAUUUACGGAAAACAACAUGCCGCAGAAAAUAGUGAAACUCACAGUAAAGGACGUGAGGUUCCCCACGUCCUUGGGGCAACAUGGAUCUGAUGCGAUGCAUACAGAUCCGGAUUACUCCGUUGCGUACGUAGUUAUUGAGACUGACGGUGGGAUGAAAGGAUAUGGAUUGACUUUUACUGUUGGAAGAGGAACUGAAGUUGUUGUCUGUGCCGUGAAGGCCCUCUCUGGUUUUGUUGUUGGGAAGACCUUGGAGGAAAUAGUUGGCGACUUCCGUGGAUUCUACCGUCUGCUCACCAGCGAUGGCCAAAUGAGAUGGAUCGGCCCGGAGAAGGGUGUGAUCCAGCUAGCCACCGCGGCUGUGCUGAACGCCGUCUGGGACCUCUGGGCCCGAGUGGAGGGCAAGCCGCUGUGGAAGCUGCUCGUCGACAUGAGCCCAGAGCAGCUGGUGUCCUGCAUUGACUUCAGAUACAUCACGGACGCUCUCACUGAGCAGGAGGCUCUGGACCUCCUCAGGAAAGCCCAGACAGGCAAGACAGAGCGAGAGGAGCAGAUGCUCACGGAGGGCUACCCCGCCUACACCACCUCCUGCGCCUGGCUGGGAUACUCCGACCAGCAGCUCACACAGCUCUGCACGGACGCCUUGGCCAGUGGGUGGAGUCGGUUCAAGGUGAAGGUGGGGGCGGAGCUAGAGGAUGACGAGAGACGGUGCCGCCUGAUUCGCCAGAUGAUCGGACCAGACAAGACUUUGAUGAUCGAUGCUAACCAGCGGUGGGAUGUGGGCGAGGCCAUCAGCUGGGUGACCAGCCUGGCGCCGUUUAGACCUCUGUGGAUCGAGGAGCCCACCUCCCCGGACGAUAUCCUCGGACACGCCACCAUCUCUAAGGCACUGGCUCCUCUGGGUAUUGGUGUCGCUUCAGGAGAACAGUGCCACAACAGGGUGAUGUUCAAGCAGUUCCUACAGGCGUCUGCGCUGCAGUUCGUCCAGAUCGACAGCUGCAGGUUGGGCAGCGUCAACGAGAACCUGGCUGUGCUACUCAUGGCUCACAAGUUCCAGGUGCCAGUGUGUCCUCAUGCUGGGGGGGUGGGUCUCUGUGAGCUGGUUCAACACCUCAUCCUUUUUGACUACAUUUCCGUCUCAGCAGACCUCAACAACAGGAUGUGUGAAUACGUAGACCACCUUCAUGAGCAUUUCACCAGCCCGGUGGUCAUCCGCAACGCUCACUACCUCCCCCCCAAGGACCCCGGGUACUCAUGUGAGAUGCUGGAGUCUUCUGUGGAGACGCAUCAAUUCCCUGGCGGAGAGGUCUGGGCCAACCUCUUAGCAAAGGCUCCCGAGUAACCAUGGGAACCCCCACUUUAAUGACCCGGGUCAAAUGUGACUAACGAGGAGGGCUACAAAUUGAUUACACAAUGUACUCACUGCGAAAUCCCUUCCCACAAGGAAUGAAACAAAUUAUUAACAAAAUGAGGAGUUGAUAAUAAAAGCUCUUUAAUGUAACACUGUAAAUCUCAUAAAACAUUUCAAACGGCCAUCUGCAUCUUGAUGGCGGGAUGCGGCUGGUAGCCACAGAUCUCAAAGUCUUCGGCUCUGAAGUCGUCGAUCGUCUCCACCUUCCGGAGGAUCUUCAGCUUGGGGAACGGUCGGACCUCCCUCUGGAGCUGGGGAACAGGUCUCGGGUUAGACACAACGCCCUGGACAUGGAGGAGUCCUACAUCUAGGCUUUGCAUUCUCAGCCUACCUGUUCUUUGAGCGGUUCGAUGUGGUUGAGGUAGAUGUGGGCGUCGCCCAGUGUGUGGAUGAAUUCUCCGGGCUGCAGGACAACAGGAACAGGAGUUGGUGAGUGAUGGCUUCCCACAAUACAGUAUUAUAAUACAAAUAACUAUUUUACUAGUUAUUUGGCAGACCCCUUCAUGCAAAGUGAGUAAGAGUGUAUUCAGAUGCAUGUCAUUAAGGAGCGGUCAGGGGUAAGGUAGAACCGUGGACUCUUGGAGUCGAAGACCCUGACCAGACUAUCCUAUCAGAACACACCCAUGAGUUAAUCCAUCAUUUCCUUUCCCCCCCCACCUCUAGCAUCUGCCACUAUACUUUAUUUUGAUUAAUUUCAAUAUUAGUUUAGUUUGUUUGUCUCAAUCUUGUAUACUAGGAAAAUGAUCUAUAGCUAAACAUAAUAAAGACAAACAAUAUUGAAAGGAAUCCAAAUAAAGUAUAGGGGCAGAUACUUGAGGAAGAAACUAGGGUAACGUCCUACUGGGGAGCUAUAGUGUGUUAACCUAAAGUGGACUGGCGUCGAUUUCUGCUCAGCCACUUUCAUAUAAAACAAUGGUGGACACCGACACACUUGUAGAACCCUGAAGGUAAACCUUUGGGUUAAUCUCUUCUUAGACGACCUGGAGAAUCACAACAGUACCACAAUCACAUCCCAUAGGUCAAUCCCUUCAUAUCGUAUUGCAGUUUUUACAGAACCUAUCGUAUCGCCCCUCGAAUGGUUGGACUAUCGUGCAGUGUGGUCCCUGCUGAUGGCCGUCCCUAGCCCUCCUCACCUUGAGGCCGGUGACGUGGGCGAUCAUGUAGGUCAGGAGGGCGUAGCUGGCGAUGUUGAAGGGCACGCCCAGGCCCAUGUCCCCGGAGCGCUGAUACAGCUGGCAGGACAGCUCGCCGUCGCAUACGUAGAACUGGCACAGGGCGUGGCACGGAGGCAGGGCCAUGUUGUGCAAGUCUGGAGGAACACAGCAGGGGGCGUCAGACGGGAGACACUACCACCACUACCACAACAGAGUCAGACCCUGCACUUGUUACAAGACUAAAACUUCCUUCUAAUUUACUAAUUUUCACCCUUCUGGAAGCCUGAAACUAAAGUAUUCCUGACCAUCAGCUAUUGAUACUUGGGUGGGUGAUGACGGCCUAUUGAAGAGGCCUAAUGUGUGUGGUGAUGACAUUUAACGCCAAUAGUGCGUGUGUGAGGUGGGAUAUAUUACAGUGACAGUAUGCGAGUUGUGAUGACGCAUUACAGCGACUCUGGUGAUGACCCAUUGCAGCUCCAAUGUGCGAGUGGCAUUGUUGAUGACCUGACCUCACAUCACAGCGACCGUGUCUGUUGGACCUCGUUACCUCUGGGGUUCCAGGCGCACAUGAUGAUGCGGCGGUCCUCCGGGUUGCUCCUUAUGGUGUCCACCACCUUCUGCAGCUGGUCCACGCCCUUACCCGAGUAGUCUGCACACACAACCACACAGCUAUCAAUGACAUGUCACAGCACCCUCAUAUAGGUCUCACUGAUCGUCGUCAUUAAGCAGCAGGUAGGGGAUGGACAGUACAGAGACAGGUCAGUAAGGAGCAGGUAGGGGAUAGACAGUACAGAGACAGGUCAUUAAGGCGCAGGUAGGGGAUGGACAGUACAGAGACAGGUCAGUAAGGAGCAGGUAGGGGAUG